AUGAAUAUACUGUCGCUCAAACCAAGUUCUUCGGGGGUGCGAGUAUCAUUGAUAUCAACAUCGAGCGGUUUAGGAGUGGCAACAAAAGAUAUCAGUGGAAACGUCCACCUUCACACACCUUCCAGCCUGUCUCGAGAAGUGUCACCUCCAAGAUUAUCGAAGCGCCGAAAGUACUAUCAAAGACCAAGUUUACCAUACAAGAAAGAAGGAAGUCCAAAUGAAUCGAACACCGAACCCGCUUUGGCUGCCGUAGAGGCUGGAAAGGCCAGGGUGAGAGAUCACGUUGUAUACUUCAGUACACACCUUCAAGCAGUAGCAAAGCCUGUCGAUCGCGGCAUUCCCAGGCUGUCCAUUGAGGAUUUCGUGCAGCUUUACCGGAACAAUGAGCACGGACACGGGAAUCAUUUCGUUGUUCACCAGCACAAUCAUCCAAGAGCUGGCGUACAUUACGAUCUGCGAUUGCAAUUCUCCGAAUCCAGUUCUGUAUCCUUUUCGAUACCCAAGGGCCUACCGGGAAAUCCCAACUCAAGAAGCAUUGGACGGAUGGCAAUUGAGACGAGAGUUCACAAUCUUUGGAAUCACCUGAUCGAAUCCGCGUCGUCUAGAACAGGAUCUCUUCUCAUCUGGGACACCGGGACCUACACGGUUCUGCCACGGAAAAUCAAAGCGUAUACUAAGGCCCCCACACGACAGACCACGGACGAUGAAUCCGAAGCCGGAAUCAAAAUUGAGGGCGAAUGGCGACAUCGCCAAGAACAUGAGAAUGAGAAGCUCAUAGAAGCAUUCCAGACGCGCUACAUACGCCUGCGGCUGCAUGGGCGACGGCUACCAAGUAAUUAUACAGUGACGCUCCGGCUUCCCACGGCGAACCAUGUACGGACGCAAAUGACCAGUUCGCCUGCUUUCCGACCUCGCAGAACAAAGAGGAAGAGGACACGACAAAGCACUUAUACUACGGAUUCCGAGCCGGAGAACGCGGGGCACGAGGGAAAGGAAGAAUGCAAAGAAGCUGGAAUGGAUACAGACGACGAAGGAGAGAUACGAACAAGGAUUAAUAACGCAUAUCCCGGCUCCACAAACAGUAUAGGUUCCAUCCAUCAGCGACAGUGGUUUUUAUCACUUGACCGGGCCUCUAGUGGGUUCGUGAAGAAUAGCGACGGCAUAUGGAUGCAAGAUGAAGAAAGGGGCGGGUUUGAACCAUUUCUAGUCCAAGGCAGAGGGGUUGAACGGAGCGUUAUCACGGGAAGAUUGGCUGCAGAAGUCGAAUCUGACGAAGGAGUAGAAGGUUUUGUUGGUCGAGCUGGCUGGGUGGGCAUUACGAACUGA